AUGCCUGAAGAUGAAGGUUGCUCGACUACGGUGCAGACUUUAACUGUGCAAUCUUCUUCGUCGUCGUCCUCGGGAAACGCAACUUACACAACCGGUAGAAACCUCGGGUCUACAUUUGUUCCAAGUUAUACAUCCACGUACAGUAGCACGUACUACGAUACCUAUACAUCGAAUACGAGUAGUGUCUAUUCGAGUACAACUACAGAUUCGACAAGUGACUCGGUGACAGGUGUCGGAAUCAGUUUGGACGCCACGACAGUGACGGAGUCUAGUUGGUUCGACACGACGACAUCGUCUUCGACUACUGUGGCUGUCAGUUCGACAUCAACAGAAGAUGUUACGUCUGUUACUUCGUCGUCAACUACAAGUGACCAGGCGACAAGUUAUUCGACCGAGGAAGUAACGAGCGAGAAAAGCUCAGUUAAUGUUGUUCCAAAAAUGGUUACGAAGAGAUUGAUGUCAGAUGAUGAAAAACUUGAUGACGAACCAGUUUCGAAAUCAAAAGUGCAGCUGAAAAUCAAGGAGGAACCGAAGAAGUAUGGUCUGAUUCUGAAGCAGAAGAAACCAUCUGUUCACGCUUUCACGAAUAUCUUCAGACCCCCACCUGUGAAAAAUGAGGCACAAGAGGGGGUUAGUGUGAAGAAGGAAGACGGCGGAGUGGUUGUGGGAACAGCUGCGGCCGCUUUUCAAAAUGAAGACUCGGAAGAAAGUGAUCAU